AUGUGUAAUGCAUGCUGUGCUCAGUUCCGAGGUUGGUGCAAGGCUUUUACAAGAACAGAGGUAUAUCUGAGCUUAGCACAAGCUGCCCUUCUUGCAGGAUUUAUAGCCUUUCUUAUAUUCCUUACUUUACAUUUCAUAGCUUGCAGUAAAAAGGAUAUAUCAAGGUAUUCUACAACUGAGUUUAUUACAUCUCAUGAAAUCCAGGAAUUUGAGUCAAGUACUAAAAGUUUAUUCAUAACUAGUCAGAAAAAAAGUCCUAAAAAUCUGGACUGUACUUGGAAUCCAUUACAUACUACAGAUGCUGCAACACAUUUUACUAAAAAUGUAAAAACGGUUCCAACUGAUCAUUUUGAACACAAGAAUUAUGCAGAUCAAAAACCAAAAAUGAAAGAGAUACGUGACAGUGAUGGCAUUAUUGACACCAACAGGAAAGAUUUUAUUCUGGCUUUAGUGAAGAUAAAACCACCACUGAAUUUGGUAUUUGGCUGUAUACUAACAGUGGUAAAUAAGUUUUGGUCUUUAACUGCAGCAAGUUGUAUAGAAUCUAUUGAAGAGGUAGACUCCUUAGAUUCGUUUGUUAUAAUGGAAAAUUUUGGAGAAAUUAAGCAAGGGCCUGUUCAUUCUGUAUCAGAUAUAAAUUUACACCCAUUAUAUCAAGGCACAAAUAAAAGUUAUGAUCUCACAGCUAUAAAAUCUGAAGACAAAAUUGACAUUGCUAAAGUUGCUCAGUUACCGAAGGCUCUUGAUUAUCUUUUAAUUAAUUUAGGAGAAGGUCUCAAUAUUCUGGGCUUUGGCAAAUUUAGGAGCAUUGACAAGAUUUCAAUUUCUCGCGGAGUCCGAAGUGUGUCUAUAAAUAUUGUACCAUUAGUAAGGUGCGAGUCUGGAGAUGAUAUGUGGUCCCUGCGACACCUAUCCAGAGGAGAGGCAGUGCCUAGAUCUGAAUGUGAAGCAGUUGGUAGGCCAAUCUGCGCCGCUCCACCUAGAGAGUCGAAUGGAACUUGCAACUAUUGUGCAGGAGCACCAUUGUUGAGAGACAAAAUACUUUUAGGAAUCAUGAGUGACAACAAACAUUGUGGACUGUCUUGUGAACCAAACUUAUAUGUCAAUCUAGCAGCCAUGAGGGACUGGCUAGAUUCUGUAAUUAAUUUAGAAUAAAUUAUUGCAAAUAAAUUCUAAUAAA